CUUGUGCAGAGGGCAGAGGAGGAUAAAAAAUUUCAGUUGCUUGCAAGUCUUGACUCUCAGACUAUGAAGAUCUUAGAAAAAAAAACAUUCUCAUGAGUACUGAGAUGCCUUCCUUCAACAAUAUCUGUACCAUUAUUCAAAGAGAAGAAAUCCGAAGGAAAGUGGUGCACAAUGAAACAAAGUCACAGACCGUGACUUCAGAGUCGAGGGCAUUUGCAGUUGACUGAAGGAAGGGACAAGGGGAUACUGUGAAGUGUGACUAUUGUGGAUAACCCAAACGCACUAGAAACAGGUGUUGGAUUCUCUAUCCGCACUUAAAACCAAAGAAGGGAAGAGAUCACGACAAGACUUCAACUCAAUCUGAGAAGGCAGCAGGUCCACAUGAAAUGAAGACACAACGACUGCAGCAACGCCAACGCCUGCGGCCAUAACCAGUCAACUAUUGCAGGUGCUGCAAAAAAAGUCGCAGGACUAUCCAUUUAAACAUUGCCCCUACAAAAGCAAGCAGCGUCCUACAAAUAAAGUUUGUAAAAAGGGAACCUUCCCUUCAUGCUUUCUUACUUGCAGUCUUGCAGACAACAAUAUUGACCCUAGAGAGCAAGAACAACGGUUCGUUUCUUCAACUCAAUGGAGUGGUGUUCUUGGAAUUUUCUAGUUUAUUUUCUCAUCUUCUUGUUACCAGCUCUGCUCUUCUUGCUAAUCCGCCGGAGAUCAAAAUCGGGCAACCAUCUGCUUCCUCCUGGACCACCAGGAUGGCCUAUAUUCGGCAACAUGUUCGACCUCGGCACGAUGCCACACAGGACUCUCACUGAGCUAACGCCCAAGUUUGGUCCUGUAAUUUGGCUACGGCUUGGUGCAAGAGCAACUAUGUCAGUUCAAUCUGCCAAAGCAGCCUCUGAGUUUUUCAAAAACCAUGACCUCUCAUUUGCAAACCGCACCAUAAAUGAAGCUUGCCGGGUUUAUGACUACCACAAGGGGUCAUUGGCUCUAGCCCCUUACGGCUCACACUGGCGGGUGUUGAGGCGGCUAAUGACGGUUGACAUGGUCGUAAACAAGCGCAUCAACGAGACCGCCUUCGUUCGAAGAAAGUGCUUUGACAACUUGCAGUUGUGGAUAGAAGAGGAAGCCUCUAAGCUCAAAGAAGGACAUGGAGUUCAUGUGGCUCGUUUUGUGUUUCUUAUGACUUUCAACCUUCUUGGGAACCUCAUGCUGUCUAGGGACUUGGUGGAUCCUAAGUCAAACGAAGGGUUGGAGUUCUUUAAGGCAAUGAAUGGACUGAUGGAGUGGAAUGGGGCUGCAUACAUGGCUGAUUACUUUCCAUGGCUAAGGUGGUUGGAUCCACAGGGCUUGAAGAGGAAGAUGAAAAAGGACCUUGGAAAAGCUAUACAGAUUGCCUCUAAGUUUGUGAAGGAGCGCAUGGAAGCGAGAGGGGUGGGUAGAGAGAAAACUAGGGACUUCUUGGAUUUGUUGCUUGAAUUUGAAGGCAAUGGAAUUGAUGAACCAGACAAAAUUUCUGAACAUGAUCUCAAUAUUUUUAUACUGGAAAUAUUCAUGGCUAGUUCAGAAACAACAAGCAGCACCACAGAAUGGGCAAUGACAGAGCUGCUAUGCAACCCAGAGACAUUGAUGAAGGCCAAAGCCGAGCUCACUCAAGUGAUAGGUCCAAACAGAAAGAUUGAAGAGAGUGAUAUUGACAAUCUUCCCUAUUUGCAGGGUAUAAUUAAAGAAACACUAAGAUUGCAUCCACCAGUUCCAUUUCUACUACCAAGAAAGGCUAUGGAUGACACCAAAUUCAUGGGGUAUUUUAUACCAAAAGACACACAGGUUUUUGUGAAUGCUUAUGCAAUUGGAAGAGACCCAGAUGUGUGGGUUGAUGAACCUAAUUCAUUCAAGCCUGAGAGGUUCAUAGGUUCAAAAAUUGAUUACAAGGGCCAACAUUAUGAGUUGAUUCCAUUUGGAGCUGGGAGAAGAAUGUGUGCAGGUGUGCCUCUGGCUCAUAGAAUGCUGCAUCUUACAUUGGGGAUGUUGCUUCACCAAUUUGAUUGGUCACUUGAUGGAAAUGUCACCAGAGACACUAUGGAUUGGAAGGACAAGUUGGGGGCAUCAAUGAGAAAGUCUGUGCCAUUACUAGCAGUGCCUAAAAAAUGCUUGGUAUAGUCACUAAAGACUCAUUUGUCUUUUAAAAAAAAAUGUGUUUUAAUAUGUCUGCUU